AUGUUUGCCAAGAUCAACCUCGCCUCUGCUUCUGCCAUUCUGGCUUUCUGCAGUCUCGCCACUGCGGCUCCUCAGAAGCGCGACACUCCCGCCGCCGACGAGGCCAGCUUGACGACCAAGCUUCGCCUCGCCAACUCCGCCAUCGAGCGAUAUGCGCUCCUGCCCGAGGACAAGGACUGGGUAUUCGACUUCAAGACCAGCCCUGCCCCGCUUGCCAACCGCGAGACCUUUCCCGCUCUCGUCGGCAGCGGCGGUGGUCUUGCCUACGCCACCUUCCCUGGCUGCAGCAUGGCCUUUGUCCACCUCCACCCGCGCUCGUCGGAGCUCUUCAUCGUGACCGAGGGCUCGCUCAUGACCUCGAUGGUGACCGAGGCCGGCGUGGUCGACCCGGCCACCGGCGCCCCGCGCGUGAUCCAGACGGAGCUGAGCGCGGGCCAGAUGACGCACUUCCCGCAGGGCGCGUUCCACACGCAGGUCAACCCGACGUGCAACAACGUGACCGCGGUCGCGGCGUUCACCGGGGACGAGGAUUUUGGCGCCACGGCCAUCGCCGAGCAGUUCUUUGCCUACGGCGACGACAUCCUGGCGGCGUCGCUCGGCGGGCAGACGACCAUUGGCGGCAAGGACUUUGACGCCAUCCGGGCGGUGAUCCCCAAGGGCGUCAUGAUCCGGCUGGAGGAGUGCGUCAAGAAGUGCGGCCCGCAGUAG